AUGGGCUCCAUAACAGCGACCACCUCUAAGAACUACCCACUUGAAGCUCUGCUGGCAACCGACAGAGACCAGCGUGAGCCUGUCGAAUUGCGAGUCACGGGAACAUUUCCACCGCUUCUUGCAGGCACAUUGUAUCGCAAUGGACCCGGCACCCACCGUGUCGACUCGAAAACAGGCUCGUAUGCUCGCAGUCACUGGUUUGACGGUUUCGCACUGCUGCAUCGAUUCAAGAUAGUUCCCACGGACGGCAGCAACUGCCGCGUGCUCUAUAACUCUCGAUUCCAGGUCGACGCGUUGAUGGAGAAAGCACGCCGCACCGGAGAUCUCAAGGAUGUCACAUUCGGCCAAAAGAGAGACCCGUGCGAGUCGUUCUUUCACAAGAUGAAGACCGUCUUUGAGCCGACUGACUCUCUGUCGGAUCCUAAUCCACAGAUGGUUAAUUCAAAUGUCACUGUGUUUGCCAAUAUGCCCGGCAUGCUGAAGCAUGGCCCUGCUGUACCGGAAUCCUCGCAAUUCAAGGUGCUCACCUGUCUGACUGACGCAAACCAAAUCACGCAUGCAAACCCGGAGACCCUCGAGCCAAUUGCUGCGAGCACGCAACAAGAGCUUCACCCGGAUCUGAAGGGACAACUCUCCUGCGCACAUCCGCAAUUCCACCCCAAAACGGGAGAUGUAUACAAUUACAACCUGCACCUGGGCCCUAAAAGCACCUUUCGCAUAUAUCACACUUCGGCACAUACAUCCAGAACAGAAGUCAUUGCCACAUUCUCAACCAAAGCAGCCUAUAUCCAUUCCUUCUUCAUGACAGAAGACUACAUCAUCCUCUGCGUCUGGCCCUCGUACUUCAAAGGACUCGGGGCCUCCAUCCUCUGGGAGCGAAACAUACUCGACGCAUUGAAAUUUGACCCUACUGCUCAGGCGCACUGGUUCGUGGUCGACCGCAAGAACCACCGAGGCGUCGUCGCCAAGUUUGUUAGUCCGCCGUUCUUCGCCUUUCACACGAUCAAUGCUUUCCAAGAACCGGGAGACAAGAAUACCGUAGAUAUAAUCUGUGAUCUGGUGCAGUACACCAACAUGGACGCCCUGCACCGAACCUAUUACGAGGCGCUGCUGUCGCCUAACGGCGAGGUUUCGGAUUUCACAUUGAAAAGAUCUGAAACACCCAUGACCGUCCGCUAUCGCCUGCCACGAGUGCCCAAGGAGUCAACGACCAGAACAGUUGCCGCCGCGGAACGAGUCUUCGGAUUUGAGACGGGUGAACUCCCGACGAUCAACCCGCGAUUCGCUACAAAAAGAGCACGAUACCACUAUUGCGUCGUUAACCGAGGACGUACUCCCUUCUUCGAUGGAAUCGGCAAGGUUGAUCUCGAGACGCAGACAAUCCAGUACUGGGGUAGUGAAACGACACCUUCUACGCCCUCCGAGCCAAUUUUCAUCCCCGAUGGCACUGGCGAGGCCGAGGAUGCGGGAUAUCUGCUCAGUGUGGUGUUGAACGGAGAGACUGGGACAAGUUACCUUGUGUGUCUUGAUGCCAGGACGUUGACCGAGAUUGGCAGGGCUGAACACGACCACGCGAUUAGUUUUGGGUUGCAUGGAAGCUAUUAUUCCGCGAUUUGA